UGGGGUUGCGGCAUGACGGUGACUGGCCCUUGAGCCACCCGUCCAGCGUCCCUUAUUUGCAGACUGCCGGCAUUCCGAUUAAGGGUUUCCUAGCGCCCCUCUGGCCUAAUCUUUUAGAUGUCGUUGGUAUCUGGUGGGGUGCUUCUCACUCCUACAUUCACACAUUCACCAUAGACCAGCACCACAGUCGCUCGUUUACUACUCCAACAUGGGUUCAGCACAGAUCGAUUUGGCACAAUUGCCUGCUAUGAAGAGUGACCCCAAGUUCAUCUUCUUCACCGACUUCGACGGCACAAUCACCCUCCAAGACUCCAAUGACUUCAUGACCGACAACAUUGGCUACGGCCGCGACAAGCGCCGCGCGGGAAACAUCGCCUGCCUCAACAACGAAAUUUCCUUCCGCGAUUCCUUCCGCGACAUGAUGGACAGCGUCACAAAGCCCUACGACCAAUGUAUCCAGUACCUUGUCGAUAACAUCAAGCUGGACCCUGGCUUCAAAGCCUUCUUCGAAUGGUCGCUAGAGAACAACAUCCCAGUCGUGGUGCUGAGCUCGGGCAUGGAGCCAGUCAUCAAGGCGCUCUUGGAGAAGUUGGUUGGGCCAGAUGCAAGCAAGAUGCAAGUUCUGGGCAACCACGUUGGACCACGAGAAGGCAAGAACAUCAACGAGGAGGGUGGAUGGCAGAUCCUGUUCAAGCACCCUGAGUCUGGCUUCGGCCACGACAAGUCUAUUGAACUACGGAAGUACUCGAGCCUACCCGAGAACCUCCGUCCAACAAUGUUCUACGCCGGUGACGGUGUAUCCGAUCUUUCUGCAGCACGCGAAACCGACUUGCUCUUCGCCAAGAAGGGUCAUGACCUGAUCAGCUACUGCGCGCGCGAGGAUGUGCCAUUCACAGUCUUCGAGGACUGGUCCAACAUCCUGGCCAAGUGCAAGAGCAUCGUAGAGGGAAAGACCACUGUCCAAGCGGCCGCCAAGGAAGGCUACGAGGCGUACAAGAGCGGCGCUGCGGGAAUCGACGUUGAGACGAAGAAAUAAACAAGUCUCGGAAAUUUGAUUGCGUAUAUCCAUCCAAGACUUUCGGCGUUGGGACUGUCUAUGCUGCGGCGCAGUAGACACCGAAUCCUCCUGAUGAUGUGUGCACGGCAGUGGCUGCGGCGCGAACGAAUCCGUGUGAAGAUGGAUCAGAUCUCUCAGGAUUAUCAUAGACGAAAAGGUUGGACGACAUAGAAAGACCAU